CUCCUGCCCCAGCCGGACAUGGUUCUCCUGACGGUGGCGGCCUGACAGGGCUGCCCACCCUCCCCAUCGCCCCGCAGGGCCACGGCUGCCCGGGGAGCAUGCUGUCCACAACCAUGGUGGGCACCCUAAUCCGAGGGUGGAGGAAUCGAAGCUCCCCUCGAAGGCCUGAAUCCAAACUCCUUCAUCCACAGAGCCAAGAUGGAACUCAGACUCAGGAUGUGAAGCAGUUGUGUCUUGAAGUGCCAUCAGCUGUGACAGAAAUUCCAGAUCCCAAGACCACAGCCCGGCACUCGGGCUCCCAGGACCUGAGGACCAUGGAGCUCUCGGACAGCGACCGCCCGGUCAGCUUCGGCUCCACGUCGUCCUCGGCUUCUUCCCGGGACAGCCACGGUUCCUUCGGCAGCAGAAUGACCUUAGUCUCAAACAGCCACUUGGGCUUGUUUCACCAAGAUAAGGAAGCCGGGGCCAUAAAACUGGAGCUGAUUCCAGCCAGGCCGCUUUCCAGCAGCGAGCUGCAGCGGGCCGGCCCCGCUGGGCCACAGGACACGGGCGACGGCGGCGACAGGCAGCCCCGGGCCCAGCGGAGAAUGGAAGCAAACGGGGCCACCAGAGCAGGUGCAGAGUCGGCCACCAGCCCCAAGCUCCUGUAUGUGGAUAGGGUUGUUCAGGAGAUUCUGGAGACUGAGAGGACUUACGUGCAAGACUUGAAAAGCAUCGUAGAGGAUUACCUUGACUGCAUCAGGGACCAAACAAAACUUCCUCUGGGGACAGAAGAAAGAUCAGCCCUCUUUGGAAACAUUCAGGAUAUCUACCAUUUCAAUAGUGAACUUCUACAAGAUUUGGAAAACUGUGAAAAUGAUCCUGUGGCCAUUGCAGAAUGUUUUGUAUCCAAGAGUGAAGAGUUCCACAUUUACACGCAGUACUGCACUAACUAUCCAAGAUCAGUGGCUGUGCUGACAGAGUGCAUGCGGAACAAGAUGCUGGCCAAAUUCUUCAGGGAACGUCAGGAAACUUUGAAACACUCACUGCCUUUGGGGUCCUAUCUCUUGAAACCAGUUCAGCGGAUUCUCAAGUAUCAUCUCCUUUUGCAUGAAAUAGAAAAUCACCUUGACAAGGACACAGAAGGGUAUGAUGUGGUGCUUGAUGCAAUAGACACGAUGCAGCGAGUAGCCUGGCACAUCAACGACAUGAAGAGGAAGCACGAACACGCAGUCCGGUUACAGGAGAUCCAGAGUCUGCUCACCAACUGGAAGGGGCCAGACCUGACCAGCUAUGGGGAACUGGUGCUCGAAGGAACCUUUCGCAUCCAGCGGGCCAAGAAUGAGCGGACACUCUUCCUCUUUGACAAGCUGCUGCUCAUCACAAAGAAGAGAGAUGACACGUUUACAUACAAAGCUCACAUCCUUUGUGGCAACCUCAUGCUGGUGGAAGUGAUACCUAAGGAGCCGCUCAGCUUCAGCGUCUUCCACUAUAAGAACCCAAAGCUGCAGCACACAGUCCAGGCUAAAUCCCAGCAGGACAAACGCCUCUGGGUUCUGCACCUGAAGAGACUGAUCCUGGAGAACCAUGCGGCUAAGAUUCCAGCUAAGGCCAAGCAAGCAAUACUUGAAAUGGAUGCCAUUCAUUAUCCCGGUUUCUGUUACAGUCCUGAGGGAGAGACGAAAGCAUUGUGUGGUUCUAAAGAUGGUUCGGCUCCGUAUCGGCUGAGAAGAAAAUCUGAACCUUCCUCAAGAUCACAUAAAGUUUUGAAGACCAGUGAAACAGCACAAGACAUCCAAAAGGUUUCCAGAGAGGAAGGGUCUCCCCAGCGGACCUCAACCCGGCCAUCUCCCGCCCAGAGGAACAACCAGCCAAGCAGUUCUGCCAUUAUCAACGUGCUUCGUGGGGGUGGAGCCAUCAGAAACAUCUGGACAGACCACCAGAUCAGACAAGCCUUAUUUCCCAGUCGUCGGUCCCCUCAGGAGAACGAGGAUGAUGAAGAUGAUUAUCAGAUGUUCGUGCCGUCCUUCUCCUCCUCAGAUCUGAACUCUACCAGACUGUGUGAAGACAGCACUUCCAGUCGCCCUUGCAGUUGGCACAUGGGACAGAUUGAGCCCACAGAGACCACCAGCUCCAGCCACCGGGUUGUCAGGCGGGCCAGUAGCGCUGGUGAGAGCAAUACAUGCACUCCUGAAAUAAGAAUUAGGGACAGUGGUGGCUCUCAGUACAGCCCCCGAAGGGAACUACAGAGUGACCCUAAAACAGAAGGGCAGGAUGGAAUGACUCCCUUUGGGUCAUCUAUAGAGUUGACUAUUGAUGAUAUAGACCAUGUCUAUGAUAACAUAAGUUACGAGGACUUAAAACUAAUGGUUGCAAAACGGGAAGAAGCUGAAUCCACACCCCUCAAAAUAGCCAGGGACUCUGUUCGCCCCAAGAGCACCCCAGAGCUAGCCUUCUCAAAGAAGCAAGCUGGCCACGAGAAGAGCUCUCUGCACACAAAAAGGGAUGGAGCUCUAACAGGUUGCCAGGCAUCCAACCAAAGCACACACGAACUCCAGAUGGUUGAGGAAAACAUCUAUGAUACCAUAGGGCUCCCAGAUGCACCCUCGCUGGAUUUUAACUGCAGCAGCCUGAAGCGUCCCAAGAGGAGCACCUUCUUAGGUCUGGAAGCCGACUUUGCCUGCUGUGACAGUCUGAGGCCCUUCAUUUCCCAGGAUAGCCUCCAGUUCAGUGAGGAUGAAGCUCCUUACCACCAGGGGCCUUCUGAUAAUGAUUAUUUGAGUUUGCUCUAUAACUCUUUCAGCUGUAACCUAUCUAUAGGUGAUAAAUCUAUAUCUGAUAAGUUGUCUGAAGAAGUAGAUGAAAUCUGGAAUGACCUGGAAAAUUACAUCAAGAAAAACGAAGUCAAAGCUAGAGACCGGCUCCUCGCAGCAUUUCCUGUCAGCAAAGAUGACGUGCCAGACAGGCUGCACUCCGAGAGCACGCCUGAGCUGGGCAGAGAUGCGGCGCAUUCUGUGUCUACCCUCUCGCUUCCUGAAGGUCACACCUUCCUCACGCCCCUGAAAGACAAGCCUGGCAGAGCUGGCCGGGCCAACUGCCCUUUUGAAGAGGACCUGAUUUCUAAAGAAGCCUCCUUUAUGAGUCUUAACCGGCUGUCUUUGGCCAGUGAAACACCUCCCAUGGAAAACCCCUAUGACUUGGCCAACAGCAGCAGUCUGUCCCAACCAGACUUGGAAAUCCCUGACGCCGGGAUGGAUGUCAGUGAUAAGACAAGAAGCAGGGUUUUUAUGAUGGCCAGGCAGUAUAGUCAGAAGAUCAAGAAGGCAAAUCAACUUUUAAAAGUGAGAAGCCCAGAGUUGGAACAGCCACUGGCCAGCCAGCAGCAUAAAUCCACGCACAAAGACCUGGCAGCCAUCUUGGAAGAAAAGAAGCAAGGGGGUCCUGCCAUCGGUGCCAGGAUCGCUGAGUAUUCCCAGCUGUAUGACCAGAUUGUGUUCAGAGAGACUCCUUGUAAGACUCAGAAGGAUGGCUGGGCCAGCCCUCAAGAGCCCUCCAACCUCAGAUCUACAUCAUCUUCCCAGGCCCAACUUAGCAGUGAGGAUUGGCUUUUGCAUUCAACCUAUAGUAAUGGAGAGUUAGUGGAUUUCUGUCCCCGGCCAGAGCAAGACUUGAAGUCAAAACAUCCUACUUUAGAGAUCAGUACAAAAAGCAUUCCAAGACAGCUGUCCACAGCUUGCUCUGUGCCUUCUCUUCAAACCUCUGACCCUCUGCUGUGCUCCUUGCAGAGACACAGUGUGAUAGUCAGCCAGCCCAACAAAGAUAACUCGUAUCAGGGCCACCUCUACAAUUCGUUGGGUCGGAAAAGCAUCAGUGCGAAAUCUCAGCCUUAUAGCAGGUCUCAGUCCUCUUCUUCAAUCUUGAUAAACAAGUCGGUGGACUCCAUCAGCUACCCUGGUGAAAUGGGAAAGAAACAGCCACUGUCUAUCCACAAAAGUUCGAGGUGUGAGAGUCACCAGGAUUUGCUGCCAGCUAUGGCUGACCCGUGUCAGCAGGGCCCUGAAAAACACUCAGAUCUCACGCUCCGAGACUCACAGAAGGUUCUGGUAGUCAAUAGAAAUGUACCCUUAAAUGCCCAAAUAGCCACACAGAACUAUUUUUCCAAUUUCAAAGAGACUGAAGGAGACGAAGACGACUAUGUGGAAAUAAGAUCUGAAGAAGACGAGUCAGAAGUAGAGCCAUCCCAUGGUCGGAGGAAGAAAUCUGACCCAAGGAUUGCAGAAGCUGACUUUUCGGAGGACCCCUGCACCAACAGCACCCCUUACUCUUUGAAUAGUCCAUGCACUCCAAAAAAGCCGAUAAGUGACAAGCUUGGGAUUUCACCCUACCUGGCAUCGUACAGCGAUUCGGACAAACUGAACGACUAUCUCUGGAGGGGCCCGUCUCCCAACCAGCAAAAUAUUGUCCAGUCGCUGAGGGAAAAAUUUCAGUGUCUCAGUUCAAGCAGCUUUGCCUGAGGUUCUUGGCAGAAGCCACCGAGUUACCGUCGCAUUAUGCUCCUACAUGACAGAUACUGACAGGUGUUUUCUAUGUACCAGAUUAAAACAAUUUUGUAACAACCAGAAGUGUAAACCCUGCUUUCUUUUACAGCACAACUUUUUGAAACGGCUGACACUCCAGCCGGGACCGUACUGUAGAGCCAGUGUCAGCAUCUAACAGUGUGUUCCUGAUGCUGACUGUCUUCAUGCUUCAUGUAAGUCAAUCUUACUUGAAUAUUUUUAGCCUUUGUUUUUUGUUUUGUUUUGUUUUGUUUUGUUUUUUAACAUCAUGGCCAUGAUAUCUGCUCCCGUAUCCUGACAAUAGUGCCCAGAGUCUAAGAAAUGCAAGAGUCCUCUCCUAUCAUCCAGAAGCCACGAGUGGUUUUAUUCUAGGACCCAAAGGCAGCAAGGAGACUUUUCCACAUGUUUUAAAAAGGAAGAGAAACUAAAACUAUUUCAAGGAUCAUGCUUAUUAUGCCUGGCAUUUUGGUUACAUUGGAAACAAGACCCUAGGGUAGCUUAAGCUAGAGAUCCCGAAUGGAAGUAUACAUGCUCGUCUCACUCUGCAUCACUUACCCCUACGUCUGUUCACUCUAUGGCAGAAAUUGGGUAGCUAUUGGACAUUAGAAGGGAGCAAGACCAAUAUUUUCUGUAAGCAUAUAUCCUUGCCUGUAUUCCUGGAUACUUUCUGGAGAAUAUGCUGCUUAUCGUGUUGAUUUUUGAUUGCUGGAGUAACAUAAUUCCCUCAGGUGCUCAAAGGAAACUUCCCAACAAGAAAAUGCAAAUUGACUAACCUGUUAGAAAGGAUGGGGAACAACUUGAUGAUCUCCUCAUAUUGCAGUUGAAGGCAGGGGUGGAAAUAGGAACCCUUCGGGCUAUUUUUUGUGCAUAUCUCUGAUCAACACACAGUAAAACAUGAGCCAACAUAAAACACUUUCAGGCCAGCCUUUCCAGAGCAGUUUUUCAUGUGUACUUUCCUGAGAUUUGUACCUCAGCCAAAUGACCUGAUCCCAACCUUGAGGAUUUCACUGGCUGCAAUGAAAUUUAUUUUCCGAAGUCCGCAUAACAUGGGGGCCUUUUCUAAUUGUUUUGAGGCACAUAAAAGACAAGAAUCUUUGCUUACUAAGCUCUGACUAAUACCGUCUUUGAUGUAAUUGUGGUCUUCAACUAAUGGUCCAUUGUGAUAAUCAUGUACUAAUCUAAGGCUUUAUGGAAGGAAACAGAAAAACGAAAACAAGAUCUUGUGCGUAAAAAGCAAAAUAAAAGAAGUGAAAGAGAAAGGUGAAGGCGGAUCUGUUGCUAUUUUAUAAAAAUGUUCUAUUUUCUGGAAGACUCCAGUCGAUGCAACAAGAAUGUUUUCUCAAACACAAAUGUUGUAUUCUCCUUUCAAGCAUUUUUACAUUCUGGAACCCCUUCCCCGAUGGGCUCAAUUUUCAUUUAUGUAUGUGUAGCAAAGGGGACCUGGGCUUUCAUUUGAAGGCAAGCAGUGAUACCGAUUUCAAUUGGUGACAUCCAACCGUAAUUCUCUUCCUCUUUGUAAGUCCUGUUCCUCUCUUAACCAUGAAACAUCAGAUGUAACCAUCCUUAUUUUACAAACAGGUACCUGUGGCAUUCAUUUUUCCUUUUAAGUAACAAAAAAUAACCCAACUUUCUUGCUUCUCUAUACUAUUCUUUCUUCUUGUAGCUUAUAAAACCAAGUCCAUGUUGAAUGGCAUGGUUCUAGAAACAUUCCUGCUUUCACUGCCUUUCUUUAAACUUGACACAAGUCUUUAAUAGUGAGAGUAUCAGAAAAGACAAGCCCUGUAGGAAAGUAUAUUCUUAGACUUGCUAGAGGUAUCCCUAAGUGGUUUUUCAAACAGUUACUGAUUCUUCUUGUCCUAAGAAAGCAAUUUCCUAUUUUUGCUUUUUUAGUUUGUGUGACCCCCAAUUCUAUAUUGUCCAUAUUACUGUGGUGUCUUGCUCUUGGAAAUUGAUUCUUCACACCAGUGUCUCAUUGCAUGACUUUGAUGUUGCCUAUAGGAAUACACCCUGCCGCACGAAGGGGGAUGUCUUGCUUUAUAAAAUGUCUAUGUGAUUGUCUUUAGGUUCUAGGACAAAUCUUUAUAGAUCACUUCUGUCAGCCAGGAUGCAGAUUUUGAGAGCUGUGUGUAUAUGUAUAAUCAUGUUUGUAUUUUUCCUCAAUGUUACCAGUUAAAUGCUUUUGUUUAAGAUAGUUUCUUUUGGAGGUGGGUUAAGAUUGUAUAUAAUUGGGGGAAAAGUUAUAUGUACUUAAAAGUAUGUCAAGUUCUUAUUAGGUCUCUGUACUGAAGGUUCAAUUUUUUUUUAAAGUUCACUUUUCACCUACUCUUUGUGCAAAAAAAAAAUGCAUCUAGGAAAAGAUAGUUUAAAUAUUGUAUAUAAGAUAAUGAAAGUUAGUAAUGCUCAUUAUUUAAUAAAGUUUGUAAAGUGAAAGUAAA